AUGGCAUUUAAAGUUACUGGAAAGGCCUCCGUGGAACAAGAAGUAGCAAUUCAUCGUAUCAGAAUUACUUUGACAGGUCUCAAUGUGAACUCUCUUGAAAAGGUUUGUGCAGAUCUCAUCAGAGGUGCUAAAGAAAAAAAUCUAAAAGUGAAAGGGCCUGUUCGCAUGCCUACUAAGACCCUGCAAAUCACUAUGAGAAAAACACCAUGUGGUGAAGGUUCCAAAACUUGGGAUCGUUUCCAAAUGCGCCUCAUUGAUUUACACAGUCCUUCAGAGAUUGUCAAACAGAUAACUUCUAUCAGCAUUGAGCCAGGGGUGGAAGUUGAAGUUACCAUUGCUGAUGCUUAA